GCCGGGAGCGAGCUGAGCUGGCGGCGGGCGAGUGGAGGGAUGUGGGCCGGACGCGUCCUGCGCGCUGCUCUGCCCGGGGCCCCCCGCGGCCGCCGAGCGCACUCGGCUCUGGCCCAGCUGCGCGGGGUCCUGGAGGAGGAGCUGCGGGCAAUCCGCGGGGCGGGCACCUGGAAGAGCGAACGGGUCAUCACGUCCCGGCAGGGGCCGCGCAUCCACGUGGACGGCGUCUCCGGAGGGAUCCUUAACUUCUGCGCCAACAACUACCUGGGCCUGAGCAGCCACCCCGAGGUGAUCCAGGCUGGCCUGCAGGCCUUGGAGGAGUUUGGAGCCGGCCUUAGCUCUGUUCGCUUCAUCUGUGGAACCCAGAGUAUCCACAAGGAUCUAGAAGAGAAGAUAGCCAGCUUCCACCAGCGGGAAGACGCCAUCCUCUACCCCAGCUGCUUUGAUGCCAAUGCUGGCCUCUUUGAGGCCUUGCUGACCCCAGAGGAUGCGGUCCUGUCGGACGAGCUGAACCACGCCUCUAUCAUCGACGGCAUCCGCCUGUGCAAGGCCCACAAGUACCGCUACCGUCACCUGGACAUGGCUGACCUGGAGGCCAAGCUACAGGAGGCCCAGAAGCACCGGCUGCGCCUGGUGGCCACAGAUGGGGCCUUUUCCAUGGACGGGGACGUGGCGCCCCUGCAGGAUAUCUGCCGCCUCGCCUCAAGAUACGGCGCCCUAGUCUUUGUGGAUGAAUGCCAUGCCACGGGCUUCCUAGGGCCCACAGGACGGGGCACGGAUGAGCUGCUGGGCGUGAUGGACCAGGUCGCCAUCAUCAAUUCCACACUGGGCAAGGCGCUGGGCGGGGCUGCAGGGGGCUACACGACAGGGCCUGCACCCUUGGUGUCCCUGCUGCGGCAGCGCGCCCGGCCCUACCUCUUCUCCAACAGCCUGCCGCCCGCUGUGGUUGGCUGCGCCUCCAAGGCCCUGGACCUGCUGAUGGAGAGCAACACCAUCGUCCAGUCGAUGGCGGCCAAAACGCAGAGGUUCCGCAGUAAGAUGGAGGCUGCUGGCUUCACCAUCUCGGGGGCCAACCACCCCAUCUGCCCCGUGAUGCUGGGGGACGCACGGCUGGCCUCGGCCAUGGCAGACGACAUGCUGAAGAGAGGCAUCUUUGUCAUCGGAUUCAGCUACCCUGUGGUCCCCAAGGGCAAGGCCCGAAUCCGCGUGCAGAUCUCAGCGGUACACAGUGAGGAAGACAUCGACCGCUGCGUGGAGGCCUUUGUGGAGGUGGGGCAGCUCCAUGGGGCCCUGCCCUGAACCUGGGAGCUGGCCGGCAGACGCUGGGUCCCUCUCCUCCCAUGGAAACAGAGUGGAUCUUUGGUCAGCCCAGGCCAAUGGUGCUGAGCCCUGACAAAGUUCAAGGGCCAGGCUGUGAGUGUGAAACAGCAGUGUGGUUUGCAAACGGC